AUGGCUUCUGAAAAUAAUGAAGGUGUUGUAAGAACGAAUGAAAGAUUGGAAAAGGAAGCUUUAACUGAAAUAUUACAGCAAUUGAAGGAACAGAGAAGUGAGAUAAAUUCGUUACGGGAGGAUGUUCGAGGGAAUAAUUUAAAUGUUGCCAAUGAAGUGAAAAAGUUGAAAGACAGAGAGAUAAACUGGAAAAAAAGAGGUAACAAGAUUAAUAUUGAAUUUAAUUCAGAAGUCGCUGACAUUUGCACGCAAAUUUCAUGGGCAAUGUCGCAUAGUAAACUUGAUUACGCCGAAGAACUUUUAGGUGAGAUAGGCGAGAAGAUAAAGAAACGAAAUAAACUUAUUCGUAUAGCCGAUACUUCAGAAGGAGGGUGGCAAACAGUACAACAGUACGAAAGCAAUCCAAUUGCAUCUAACAGCGAAGAUGAGUUGAAAAUCAGUAAGGCAGAAAACAAGGCGCUUCGUUUUUCUUGGAUUGACGCAAAAGGUCAGAGAAUCUAUCUCAAAUUUCUUGUCCUACCAUUUGGUUUGUCAACAGCACCAUAUAUUUUUACUAAAAUCACUAGGCCCUUAGUAGCUAAAUGGCGUGGAGAAGGAAAACGGGUUUUAAUGUUUUUGGACGAUGGUUUUGGUUGUUCGGGGACAUUUGAAAAUGCAACUAAAAUUUCUGGAGAUGUUAAAUUAGAUUUGUUAGAAUCAGGUUUCAUACCUAAAGUAGAGAAACCAUGCUGGGUCCCUGUGCAGAGAUUAGAAAUUUUGGGUGCUGUUUUAGAUUCCGAGAAGAAUUGUAUUUACAUACUAGAGAGACGGGUUAAUAAAACAGUUAAGAUUUUAAGUGAAAUAGAACAGGAUUUGGCUAAGCACAGAAGGGUACAUGUCAAAAAGGUGGCAAGUUUCGUCGGACAAAUUAUUUCAAUGUCUGUUGUGAUAGGAAAUAUUUCACAAAUUAUGACGAGAUAUCUUAGCAUGGAUAUUGUUGCAGCUCAUUCUUGGACGGCAUAUAUUAGAUUGAGUUUAGAUAGUAGAAAACAGUUACAAUUUUGGAAAGAAAAUAUUUCUUUUGUCAAUCAUAGAUUUUUGAAUCAAAACAUAAGUUUCUCUAAAAUUGUUUACAGUGAUGCAAGUAGUACUGGAUUUUCUGGUUAUGAGGUAAAUACCAUAAAUGGUGUAGCACAUAAUAUAUGGUCUGAAAGUGAAGCAGUUAAAUCCUCUUGUUGGAGGGAACUGACAGCAAUAUACAGAGUGUUAGUAUCUCUAGUUAAGGUGUUAGCUAACACCAAUAUAAAGUGGUUUUCAGACAGCCAGGCUGCUUGUUUGAUUGUUGAAAAAGGUUCUAUGAAACCUGAUUUGCAACACCUAGCAAUACAGAUUUUUUCAUUUUGUUUAAAAAAUUCUAUCAAUCUAAAGAUUGAAUGGAUUCCAAGAGGGUUGAAUGAGAAAGCUGAUUAUUUUUCAAAAAUAGUAGAUAGAGACGAUUGGGGUAUUUCUCAUGCACUGUUAGAAAUAGUUGUGAAGAGGUGGGGAAGUUUAGAGAUUGAUUGGUUUGCGUCCAGUUAUAAUGCUAAAUUAUCAAAAUUUUAUUCUCGGUUUUGGAAUGAAGCAUGUACAGGGGUUGAUGCCUUUGUGGAAAACUGGGGAGAAAAUAUAGGGCUUUUUGUGCCACCAAUAUGUUUACUUUGUAGAGUACUGAGAAAAAUGGAGUUUGAUAGAGCACAAGGUGUGUUAAUUGUGCCUUUAUGGAAAUCAUUAUACAAGGAUGAGAUACAGGGAUUACCCCCAGUUUUGGUUGACAAGGUGACCUUGAUUCCACAAGUGUUACAAGAUGCUAGGGCUAGAACAACUUCGCAAACUUAUUUCAAUGGUUUCCAAAGAUGGAGAAAUUGGGCAAUCAAGAAUGAGUUAGGAGAGGAGGACAUUUUUCCAGCGAAGCCUUUCAUAUUUGCUCUGUAUUUGUGUUCAUUAAUUCAGUCAGCAAAUUCAUCGAGUACAGUUAUAAAUGCUUUUUACAGUGUGAAAUUUAUACAUGACAUAUAUGGUAAAAAAUCGCCUUCUGAUUCUACAUUAGUUGUAAACAUACUUGAAGCAGCCAAGAGAAAACUUGCUAAGUCUGUUGUGAAAAAAGAGCCUAUAACUAUAGAUAUAUUAAGUAGAAUGUAUGAGGACCUGUAUAAAGAGGGAGAUGUUAAAAGUCAGAUAAUUAUUUGUGCUUGUUUAUUAGGUUAUGCAGGAUUUAUGAGAAGUAGUGAAUUACUUAAAAUUAGAAGGUCAGACAUCAUUUUUGAUCAGGGAUUUAUGAGCAUUUUUAUCAAAUCUAGUAAAACAGAUCAGUACAGAGACGGGGCUUGGUUAAUCAUUGCAAAUUCAGGGACUAAGUUAUGUCCAGUUACUAAUUUGAAAAGAUAUUUAUUAUGGGCAGAUAUAAGGGAUUAUUCAGAUUCAUACCUUUUUUGCAGAUUGUCAAAAGUAGGGUCUGGUUAUGUGUUAAGGAACUUUAACAAACAUAUUUCAUAUACAACAUUAAGAGAGCUUUUCAUAGAGGCUUUUAAAAAGCAUGUUCAUGAUAUUCAUGCUUAUGGGUUACAUUCAUUACGUUCAGGUGGGGCAACUUCAGCAGCUAAUUUUGGGGUGAAAGAUAGAUUAUUUAAAAGGCAUGGUAGGUGGUUAAGUGAUAAGGCUAAGGAUGGGUAUGUGAAGGACAGUUUAGAAGAAAGGUUGAAAGUGUCAUUAAGUUUAGGUCUAUAG